AUGCCUCGUGUGAAACUUGCUGAGAUAAUGGAUAGUGACCCAGAGGACUCUAGUAAUAGUUUAGGUACUGACUCUUCUAUGAAUGAUAUGGACGAUGUUCCUGAAGAAUAUGCAAUGGGAUUUUCUGAAUCUAUCCCCCAACCUUGGGUUAAACCAUCAAAUAAGAGGGUUACUUUUGUGGAUCCUCCUCUGAUGAAGAAACCUUUUUUGGACCCUCCUUCUUCUGGCUUGUUAUUAGGUAUGGAUAAAACUAUGAAACCCGCCUUUGAUUCUUCAGAUUGUAGAGUUUUGGGUGAAUUUGUUGAGAAGCCUUCAUAUCAAGUGGGUCCUACUCUACUUUGUUCUCGGUUGAAGCGCCAAGAAUUUCCAUGGACGUCUUUUAAAUUUGAGGCAGCUACUCACAUAAAUAAGGUUUGGCAAAAGUGGGUGUUCACAGUAUUGUUUGAGGAGGGUGGUAGUUUUGUGAGGAGAUUAGAAUCAGCUGGUGUUGCCGAGGCUAUUCGCACAUCUGCAGGCUUGGGUGUUCAGCGAAAUGGAUCUGAUAUGAGUUUACUUUGGCAGAGGUGGUGUUCUCAGACUCAUACUUUUCUGACUUCUUGGGGUGAGUUUUCACCCACUUUGGAAGAUGUUGUGGUUCUUCUUCAACUGCCGGUGUUUGGUAGUGUGAUCUCACUCUUCUUCGCCCAGAUUCUGAUCUGCUUAAGCUUGCAUGACAUCUUCAAAUGA